CUUUGUGCGGGGCGGCGCUUUCGCCGGCGUAGCGGCGGGGAAUCCGCAGUGGGGCUGCUGGCGAUGGAGUGGUGGGCCGGCUCCCUGCUUCGGCUCUGGCUGCUCUUGCUGCUCCUGCCGCCGGUGCAGGGCCGCCAGAAGGAGCCAGGUUCAAAAUGGAAAGUAUUUAUUGACCAAAUUAACAGGUCUUUGGAGAAUUAUGAACCAUGUUCAAGUCAAAACUGCAGCUGCUACCACGGGGUCAUAGCAGAGGAUCUGACUCCCUUCCGAGGUGGUAUCUCCAGGAAGAUGAUGGCAGAGGUAGUCAGACGGAAGUUAGGGACCCACUAUCAGAUCGUUAAGAACAGAUUAUACCGAGAAAAUGACUGCAUGUUCCCCUCGAGGUGUAGUGGUGUUGAGCACUUUAUUUUGGAAGUUAUUGGGCACCUCCCUGACAUGGAAAUGGUAAUCAAUGUACGAGAUUAUCCUCAGGUUCCCAAAUGGAUGGAGCCUACCAUCCCAGUCUUCUCCUUCAGUAAGACAUCAGAGUACCAUGAUAUCAUGUAUCCUGCUUGGACAUUUUGGGAAGGGGGCCCUGCUGUUUGGCCAAUUUAUCCUACAGGUCUCGGACGAUGGGAUCUUUUCAGAGAAGAUCUGGUAAGGUCAGCAGCACAGUGGCCAUGGAAAAAGAAAAAUUCUACAGCAUAUUUCCGAGGAUCAAGGACAAGUCCAGAACGAGAUCCUCUCAUUCUUCUGUCUCGGAAAAAUCCAAAACUUGUUGAUGCAGAGUACACCAGAAACCAGGCCUGGAAGUCUAUGAAAGAUACGUUGGGAAAGCCAGCUGCUAAGGAUGUCCAUCUCGUGGAUCACUGCAAGUACAAGUAUUUGUUUAAUUUUCGAGGUGUAGCAGCAAGUUUCCGGUUCAAACACCUCUUCCUGUGUGGAUCACUUGUUUUCCAUGUUGGUGAUGAGUGGCUAGAAUUCUUCUAUCCACAGCUGAAGCCAUGGGUUCACUAUAUCCCGGUCAAAACAGAUCUCUCCAAUGUCCAAGAGCUGUUGCAAUUUGUAAAAGCAAAUGAUGAUGUAGCUCAAGAAAUUGCUGAAAGGGGAAACCAGUUUAUUAUGAACCACCUGCAGAUGGAUGACAUCACCUGUUACUGGGAGAGCCUCUUAACUGAAUACUCUAAAUUCCUGUCCUAUAACGUAACAAGAAGGAAAGGCUAUGAUCAGAUUAUUCCUAAAAUUGUGAAAACUGAACUCUAGUAGUCAUCAUAGGACCAUCGUUCUUGCUGUGGCAGCGAUCUCAGAUAUCGUAUGAGCAUGGCACCUGUAUCUUGAUCACCUUUAUUGAGCCAAGUAGCUGGUUUUCUUUAUCAUGCUGCACCCAGAGCAACUCUUGAGAAAGUUCCAAAACGUGUAUAAUACACAGAUAGGAAGCUACUCAACUCUGGCUGAAUAAGGACUGGAAAUCAUGAGAUGUGGAUUUUGGACCCAGUUCUACUUUCAUCAUCUUAGGACCAAUCACAGCUUGUGCCUCAGAUCAUCUACUUGUGUAUGUCCAUCACUGUGAAAUUGACUUAUAUCCAUGUGAUGAUGCCCUUUGUCCCAUUAUGUGGAGCAGAAAAUUCAUCAUUUGGAAUUAGUACAACUCACUGCUACAGUCUGAAGUAAUUCUAGGCUUGAACUCUAUCACUUUAUUUUAACAUAGAAAACCCUAUGAAAAAAUACUUGGGGAUCAUUCUGAAAGGCCUAAGGAAGCUGUAACUGUGCCAAUGAUAGAGGAGUUCUCUUUUGUAAAAGCAUAAACUCUUUAUUACUCAGGAGGUUUCUACUUUGAAAGGAACCAGUUGCAUGAGUAUUGCAAUUGGAUUUCAAGUUCCCUUUUUGUGCCUUCAUGCCCUUUUUAUUAUCUCUCUAAAG